AUGCACCUGAAACCUCUGCUCAGGAAGCUUGGCACAGUGGGCCGUGUUGCAUUCACCAUGCUCUUCACCCUGGGAGUGUUUGCGGUGAUUGUGUGGGCCUACAUUGAGGGCUUCACAAUUGCUGAGUCAGAAUACGGCAUUGUUGCCUUUGGCUUUUAUGGCAUCUUCCUGGGAUUUCAUUUCCUGACCCAGAGCCUGUUUGCCUUUGUGGAGCACCGUCGCAUGCGGUCGCACAGAGAGCCUUGCAGCUACACCAAGACCAUUGGACUCACCAUCUCUGCAUACCAGGAGGACCCUGCCUACCUGACAGAAUGCCUAAACUCUGUCCGAGCCCUGCAGUACCCGCCUGAGCUUUUGAGGAUCAUCAUGGUGGUGGAUGGAAACACAGAGGAAGAUGUUUACAUGAUGGAUAUGUUCAGGGAAAUCUUCGGUGAUCAGAAACCUGGCUUCUAUAAGUGGGACCAUAACUAUCACACCUGGGACCAAAGGCCACAGGCAGAGGAGCAACAAGGAGAGCAGAGAGCAGACAUGCCAGCUGACACCCAUGUAAACAACCAGCCAGUUAGUCCAGCUGGGGAUGCUGUUUUGGGGGCUGGGGAGGAAGACCCUCAGAGGAUUGAAGUGGAAGAGUUGAUCAGAACCAGACGAUGUGUCUGCAUCAUGCAACAGUGGGGCGGCAAGAGGGAGGUGAUGUACACAGCCUUCAAAGCCUUGGGAGACUCUGUGGAUUAUGUGCAGGUGUGUGACUCAGAUACCAAGCUGGACCCGCUGGCUACAGUGGAGCUUUGCAAAGUGCUGGAGAGCAACCCAAAGUAUGGUGCUGUGGGUGGUGAAGUGAAGAUCCUAAACUUAAAGGACUCUUUCAUCAGCUUCAUGAGUAGCCUGAGAUACUGGAUGGCCUUCAAUGUGGAGCGAGCCUGCCAGUCCUUCUUCAACUGUGUCUCCUGCAUCAGUGGCCCCCUGGGUCUCUACAGGAAUGACCUCCUUCAACAGUUCUUGGAAGCCUGGUACAAUCAGAAGUUCCUUGGGACACACUGCACAUUUGGAGAUGACCGUCAUCUCACCAACCGCAUGCUUAGCCUGGGCUAUGCAACCAAGUACACAGCCCGGUCUAAGUGUUUCACAGAGACCCCAGCCAAGUUUCUGAGGUGGAUGAACCAGCAGACGCGCUGGACAAAGUCCUACUUCCGUGAGUGGCUCUACAACUCCCUGUGGUGGCACAAGCACAACCUGUGGAUGCCCUAUGAGGCCAUUGUGUCCGGCAUUUUUCCCUUUUUCGUCACGGGCACUGUCAUCAAGCUAUUCUGGACAGGCUCUCUGUGGGACAUCCUCUGGGUCUUCUGCUGCAUUCAGAUCAUUGGCCUGAUUAAGGCCUUAUAUGCUUGCCUCCUGCGCAAGAACUUCAUCAUGAUCUUCAUGUCGCUCUACUCCAUGCUGUACAUGACCAGCCUUCUACCUGCCAAGUAUUUUGCCAUACUCACCAUAAACAAGAGCAGCUGGGGCACCUCGGGCAGACGAAGGAUUGUGGGUAACUACAUCCCCCUCUUACCUCUCACAAUUUGGUUGGCCAUUCUGUUGGCUGGCUUUUGCUUCACUAUUUACAGGGGGACCUUGGACGAUUGGUCUAUGCCUGCAAAGCAAGUGGAAAUCAAGUACUUGAUUUAUGGCUCUGUCACCUAUGCCCUUUACUGGCUCCUCAUGAUCUUGCUUUACUACAUAUGUUUCCAAAGGUUACAUCAUAAAGACUCAGAAAUGUACAACUUGAGUGUGUAG